GACUCUUUAAAGGGUAUAUGUACUGGGCCCACUUGCUUUAGUAAGACCUGAACUCUUAUCCCAACUAGAAAAUGCUUAGAUUAGUAGUACUUGGGGCUUUGGCCUCCAUGGCCUUUGGCAUGAACCUUGGAGGUCUGAACUUAGGAGCCAUGGGCGGACUCAUGGGAAACCUCGGUAAUAUGCAAAGCAUGCUGAAAAACAUGCCACCAGGAGCCAUUGAGAACGCCAUGAAAAGCCUGACCCCCGAGAAAAUCAACGAAGCUCUGGAGAACCCCCAAAUGCAGAAAAUGAUGGAAAGCAUGGGAAUCACAAAAGAACAGGCUGAGCAGGCCGUCAAGAUGAUGCCCAAGGACCCUAAAGUCCUCGCCUCCAUGAUGACCGACAAACUCGCCGGCAGCAAGGAUACCUUUGAACAGAUGGGCCUCCCAGUUGAUGAGCUCCCCGCAAUUGUUGGCGAGCUGAAAAAUAAAUUUAAGGAUGAUUUUGGAAUUGAUUUUGAUAACGAUGACGAAGAAUCCGUGAUCGGUAAACUGAAGCAGGUCGCCAUUGAUCGUCUGAAGGAAGAGGGAGUGGAGAUCGACUCCGAAGAUCCCGAGAAAACCAAGAAGUCCAUCAUCCAGAGAGCCAAGGCUUACUUUGGCGUUUCCCCCGACAUGGACGAUGGGGAGUUCAGACAGAUGGUUCUGAAGGAUCUCCUGAUCAACCUCCAACAAAAAGGAUUCGACAUCGAUCCUGAGGAGCCAAAGGAAUCUAUCAUGAAGCUGAAAUCCAUGGCUUUCGAGAUGGCCAAGAACUACGGAUUCGAGAUCGACGAGCAGAUGGAAUGGCCCGAAAUCAAAAAGAAGGUCAUGGAAACCAUGAGAGAGAAUGGCGUUCCAGUUGAUGACCAGGAGAAACUCAUCCCCUACCUGAUGGAGAAAUUCCAGGAAUACCAGCCACUCAUCCUCGAGUUCCUUAGCAACAUGCAACCCGAGGUUGUUCCCCAGAUGGUUCCCCAGAUGAUGCCCCAAAUGAGACCAAUGCCAGUGAUGCACCCAAUGGCCAUGCAGCGUCCACCAUUCGCCAUGCCCUUGACCCUCAACCUCGAAAUCAACAUUGACGACAACGAAGAGUCAGAAUUCGGUGGAAGAUAUCAGUAUGACGAAGAGGCUGAGAUGAUGGAAAUGCUUCAGGAUCUUCUCCACUACCGCCACAUGGCCAAGAAACUGAUCGCCGAGAACCAAAUGCUCCACCACCGCCUGAUGGCCUUGGACAGACCAGUCAUGUCAAGGUCACCCAUGCUCACCGCCAUCAUGGCCAGAUCUGAGGAAUAAAUAAAGGAGUUUGGAGAAGAAAAAAAA